CUUUGGUUGUCUUCGCUCAUUACCUCCCUCCUUUGCAUACAUUCUAUUUCGUAAGAUCCGAGUAAUUUCACAUUACAAGCCUCGUGUUUGGCUUUCUAGUGUCCAACAAUGGUCCUGUUACCCUCCUGUUACUCUCAAAGUUGGGGCCCGAUCUCGAUCAUUUGAAAAAAGGACAUCUCGUGGACCUCCCUGACUGACGAUUCAUUCAAGGUCUAUUAUUUGUCUUUGUCUAGUUCGUGGUCUUGUAGUGCCUUGUUCUAUGAAUUGCUCUGCAAAGUAACUUAUUUGCUAUGACCUACCGGCGCCUGCCGAUAUAUGGUAUGCCACCCAUAGUCUGCUCUCUGGAAACAAUAGAAUUGUGCCACGCAAAUUGACAACGGGGCUGUAUAAAACAUCGCUCUGCAUCUGUAACCGGACUAUAAUCUCUCCUCUGCUUUUAAUCUUCUCGCCUCAUGCCUGCCCAAGGUCUCGAUAUGCUUCUGUUGGCCGCUCGAUACAUCGAGGAGUUCGACAACUCUUCCUCUGAUGCACCUUAUCGCUCCGAAAAUCCCAUUUCCUGCGCAGAAAAGGCCGAAAAUGCCAUCCAUGUUGUUACGCCAUGCGAGGGUUCUCCCGGAUAUACUUCCAUGUCGCUCUCAGAGCCAACCUCUCAGCUCACGGAAAUCGCAAACAAGCACCUCCCUUCAGAGUGUCCUAGCUCUGCUUCGUCCCCUCCGUCCUCGCCAUGCCCUUCCUCGGUCGACUCUGACUACACUAUGAGCUUUCAGAGCUCGAAAUCAGUAUCAUCCAGGGAGUGUAGUCCAGAGAUUCGCCCUCGCAAUGUGUCCAAAUUUCCCAAGAAGGCUGCACAUAAAUCACCCAAAACCGCAUUGGUGGGUGGGAAGGUUUUCAACAUUCCGAUCAUGACGAGGGAUAUGAUGUGGAGGAUGUCCGUCUUGCGCACUGCGAACAGUAUAGAAACUACGCCCAACUCUCCCGUCAAAGAGACUAGCCGACAGCUGCUGGAGAAGGUGUAUGACGACGUCACUAGUCAUCCUCCAAAAUUUUGGGAGCAGCUCAUUGCCGCCCGUGUCUUGGACCGGACUCCUGCCCAAGUUCGUGUCUGGUUUUCAAAUCGCCGACAAUGGUACCCAUCGGGCACAACAAUCCAGGUCCCCCUUCUCGACAGGGACUUGGCAUACCCUCGUCGGAGAACUGUCAAAUUGAGACCAUCAGCGCUCGAGAUGUCCCAGGAAUGGUCCGAUUCGUUUUUCGAUGACGUUCUGGCUCUUUAUAUGGGUGAGCAGGUACAAGAUACUCUGAAAGAAGAAUGCGAACACAAGAGGAAAUCGAUUCCUCGGUACAAAGGCAAAUCAAAGAAAGGCCAAGUCAAAUCCAAAUAGUAAACGAGGCCAUCAUUUCCUUUCCUUUCCUCGGACCAUUCGUACUGUAGCAUAUAUCAUUAUAUACAACCUCUC